AAUUUCAUUAAUUUUCUCUUUUCUACAUUUGAGUUCAUCCAAUAUAAAUAUUUGCCUUGAAAAGUGUUCACGGUUCAGUUUACUUCGCCAAAUCAACCGAAAAAGUCUCUACAUUAAACAAUAAUGAAAGACAAAACAGCAAGGGACGUCAGAGAAUUAGAAAGCUCCACAUUACUUUACUCCGAUGAAGACAAACCACGUAUUGCUGACUUGUUUGUCGCACAAGUAAUCUGUUUCAAAGCCACCGGACAAAUUCCAUUCAAUUUAGGUUACGGUCUGGGCUAUGUCUACUGCUUUUUCGUUAUCACACAAACCCUCCACAUGGCUGUGCUCUUCUUGAAGACCUCCUACGAAAUGCUGCUCAACGGCAAACUGGAGGAGAUUACCGACGCACUCACAAUGACCAUCAUAUUCUGGUUCAGCGUUUAUGCGGCCUGCUAUUGGUUGUUGCGUUGGCAGCGACUGUUGGUAUUUCUACGGCGUAUCAAUCACCAUUAUUGGCAUCACUCGUUGCCCGGUUUGAGCUUUGUGAGCUCGCAUCGUACCUUUGUUUUGGCAAAUCGUAUGUCUAUUGUGUGGACGGUGGCCUGUGUGGCCGGUACAUUGUUGUACGGUUUCGCUCCGCUGGUGAUGGGUGUGCACGUGCUGCCAUUGAAGUGCUGGUAUCCCUUUGAUCCGUUGCAACCAUAUGUCUACGAGUUGUUGUACGUUUUACAAUUGUCGGCGCAGAUGAUAAUGGGCGCCACUUUCGGCAAUGGCUCUGCUUUGUUCGUUUCAUUGGUUAUACUUAUGUGUGGACAGUUCGAUGUGCUCUACUGCAGCUUGAAGAACUUGAGUUACUAUGCUCGUUUGCGCUCCAGCUUUGAAGUGGAGAAAUUGCGCAACGAACAAGCAGCACUGCCAAUAACAUCCGACGAUGAACUGAAUCAGUAUAUGUAUUGCCAGGAACACUUAACCAAUCUCUCGACACUUCAACUUUUAUACACUCAGCAGUCAGCGGUGACGUUGCCGGAAGCCCUGCAUAUGGCCGUAGUGCAGUGUGUACAAUUGCAUCGUUUCAUACUGGAUGCCUGCAAAGAGUUGGAGGAACUUUUUAAUCCUUAUUGCCUUGUUAAAUCGAUUCAAGUUACUUUCCAGCUUUGUUUAUUGGUGUUCGUUGGCGUUGCGGGCGAACGUUCGAUGGUGCGCAUUUUGAAUUUGGUUCAAUAUGUGACGCUGACAUUCAUUGAGUUGUUGAUGUUCACUUAUUUUGGUGAAUUGCUGCGCGGUCAUAGUGUGCGCUGUGGUGAGGCAUUUUGGCGCUCACAGUGGUGGACACACUCCGUUGCCAUACGUAAGGAUAUAAUAAUUUUAUUGGCGAAUAGUAAGCGUGCGGUUCGGUUGACGGCGGGUAAAUUCUAUGCAAUGGAUGUGGAGAGAUUGCGGUCGGUGGUAACUCAAGCAUUUUCGUUUUUGACGCUCUUACAAAAGUUGGCAGCUAAAAAUCAAAAAUAAAAAUAUUAGAAAUUGCUUCCGUUAUUAUUGUGUAUGUGUAUAUGAAUAAAUGCUAAUGAGAUCAGGG